UCGAUUGCUUUCAUAUAUUGUUUUAGUCAUCUUUUCUAAGAGUAGAUUUCGUCGUGUGCUUUCUUAUAAAUCUCGUUGAGAUAAUUAUUAUUUAAAAUGACUGAAGCUAUUCGCGUUGUAGUGACUGGUGCUGCGGGCCAAAUUGCUUACUCCUUGCUUUAUAUGAUAGCACGAGGUGAAGUUUUUGGAAAAGAUCAACCCCUCAUACUGCAUUUGUUGGAUAUUCCUCCUAUGGCCGGAGUCCUUGAAGGCGUCGUUAUGGAGCUGGCUGACUGCGCUUUACCUUUAUUGCAAGAAGUAAUUCCUACAACAGACCCAAAAGUAGCAUUCAAAGACGUUUCUGCGGCAUUUCUCGUUGGUGCCAUGCCCCGCAAAGAAGGCAUGGAGCGGAAAGAUUUGUUGUCUGCAAAUGUAAAAAUAUUUAAAGUACAGGGCCAAGCUCUUAAUGAGUUUGCCAAAAAGGAUGUAAAGGUUCUCGUUGUCGGAAACCCAGCAAACACCAAUGCUUUGGUGUGUGCCAAUUAUGCUCCGUCAAUUCCUAAGGAAAACUUUUCCGCUAUGACUCGCCUUGAUCAAAAUCGUGCAACAUCACAGAUUGCUGCUAAGUUGGGUGUUCCAAUAGCAGCCGUUAGCAAUAUUAUAAUUUGGGGAAAUCACUCUUCGACUCAAUAUCCAGAUGCAGGCCAAGGAAAAGUUUUCAUAAAUGAUGUCUGGAAGUCAGUAACCGAAGUACUCAACGACACUUCCUUCCUUCAAGGUCCAUUUAUUGAUAUUGUACAGAAACGUGGCGCAGCCGUUAUUGCUUCACGCAAAAUGUCAUCUGCUAUGUCAGCUGCAAAAUCUGCAUGCGACCAUAUGCAUGAUUGGUGGAAUGGUACUGCACCAGGAAAGUUCGUUUCUAUGGGUGUUUUUUCUGAUGGCAGUUAUGGUACACCAAAAGAUGUCGUUUUUUCAUUUCCUGUCGAGAUUAAAAACAAGCAGUGGAAAAUUGUGCAGGGUUUGACAAUUGAUGGAUUUUCAAAGUCUAAGUUGGAUAUAACGGGUAAUGAACUUCGUGAAGAAAGAGACGAAGCGUUGUCUGUUUUAGAGUCAAAUUGACUAGCAACUGGGCUGAGCUCGAAACUGUAGGAGACAACGUAUAUCUGGUGCAAUUUCUAGAAAAAUUGUAAUUUUUUGUUAUGUAGUAGUCUGUGGAAAACAAUCAUUCUUAAGGCAUUUAACAGUAGAGUUCAUUGAACUUUUUAUAUUCAGUGAAGAUACAUUUAUAUUAUAGAUGUGAUUUUGAAAUAAAUUGUAAAUUGUACAUCA